AAUAAAGUUUUAUGAUAUUUCGCAAAAUAUGUGUGCAUUAACUUAAAAACCGGCGGUGCAUUAAUACUUUUGUAUCCAAAAAUUUGAUCCCGAGUCGUAUUUUUUGCACUUUUUAGAAAUGGAAGUUAAACAACGAGAUCUUUUAUAUCGACUGAUGAUCAGUCAAUUGUUCUACGAUGGACACCAGCAGCAAGCUAUCAGCCUGGCAAACUACAUCCAUGCCCAGCCAGCCUGCCCGCCCUCUGACCGACUCCUAAAGGUUCUCAAAAUGGGUCUCAAAGUGGAAGAAGAGGAGACUGGUGAAAAGACUUUCCAGACUGAAUACAUCACACCGGGGUCAGGCAUUGACCUGGAGUUUGAAACAGAUGUGCAGACCAUUUCUCCCGAGGCAGCCUUGUACGAGACCUGCUAUGUGACUUCACACAAAAGUGCCUGUCGUGUUGGAGUGUUCCACCCAAAUGGUCAGCUGAUCGCCACAGGAUCCGAAGAUGCCUCUAUCAAGGUUCUUGAUGUUGAGCGCAUGCUGGCUAAGAGUGCCACACCCCCUGAGGUGAUUGCGCAAGAGACCCCUCAACAGGCCAUGGAGAACCACCCAGUAAUCAGGACACUGUACGACCACAAUGGCGAGAUUGCCACUCUAGACUUCCACCCCCAUCAUCAGAUUCUUGCCUCAGGCAGCAAGGACUACAGCGUGCGCUUCUUUGAGUACAGCAAACCCUCCGUGAAGAAAGCCUACAAAAGCAUUCAGGAAGCCUCAGAGGUGAGGACUGUGGCCUUCCAUCCCAGUGGGGACUACCUGCUGGUGGGCACAGCUCAUCCCACAUUGCGCAUGUAUGACACGAACACGUUUCAGUGUUUUGUGGGUAGGAAUCCCAAUGACCAGCACACUGCAGCUGUCACCUGUGCCAAGUACAGCCCGAAUGCCAACCUGUACACUACGUGUUCCAAGGAUGGCACCAUCAAGAUAUGGGACUCAGUCUCUGGCCUCUGUAUCAACACCUUCAAGAACGCACACGACGGCGAGGAGGUUUGCUCCGUGCAGUUCACUCGCAAUUCUAAGUACAUCAUGUCGAGUGGCAAGGACAGCCUGGUGAAGCUGUGGGAGCUGUCCACCAAUCGCUGCCUCAUCGUGUACACAGGGGCCGGGACCAUGGGCAAACAGGAGCACCGAACCAAGGCCUGCUUCAACCACACUGAGGACUACGUUCUGUUCCCGGAUGAGAAGACCACCAGUCUGUGUUGUUGGGACUCCAGGAACGCUGAACGACAGAGACUUCUCUCCCUUGGUCACAAUGGCAUAGUGCGAUGCAUCAACCACUCUCCGACAGGGCCCGCCUUCGUGACAUGCAGCGAUGACAACCGUGCCAGGUUCUGGUACAGGAAGGCUGACUCUGACUAAAACUCAACUACGGUGUUGCCAUAGAAACAAGGGGAUAUAUUGUAUUGUGUUCAUGGGGCAAUGACAUUAGUGGUAAAAUGUGAUAAGAUAGGUGUACACAGACUAAAGUUAAACAGUGAAACUCUUGUCCUAAACUAAAAUUUUAAGAUUAAAUAGUUGUGUGUGGGAUGCUUUGUACAUCAUGAUAUGUAUCUUUAUCUGUAUAUGUGAAAAUCAAUGUUAUUUUAGUCAGAGGACACAGUUUCUGGUCCUAUAUUUCUUUGUUUAGUAGAUAAUUUUACUGUUUGUGUUUAAAUGGAUGUAAUUGUUGUAUGUCAAAGAGUUUUACAAAACAAAUGUUUAUUUACUUUAAAGAGACAACGUAGUAAACCAUAAAACCAAAAUAACACACUCCAAAUUGCAAAAGUUGUACGAAUUAUUGUGCAUCAAAUAUAUUUAUCUAGUUCCAAUCUGUAUUGUUUAUAAACUUUUAUACAAAAGAAUUAAUGAAUUCAUGUCAA